AUGGCUAUAAGUGUGCAGGGAGUACGGACUAUACUUUUAAGUGUCAUCUCCUUAUUGAAUGAACCAAACACAUUUUCACCAGCAAAUGUGGAUGCCUCAGUCAUGUUCAGAAAAUGGAGAGAUAGCAAAGGGAAAGAUAAAGAAUAUGCUGAAAUCAUCAGGAAACAAGUGCUUUCAACCAAGGCUGAAGCUGAAAAGGAUGGUGUGAAGGUUCCAACCACACUGGCUGAAUAUUGUAUUAAGACCAAAGUGCCUUCCAGUGACAACAGUUCAGACUUACUUUAUGAUGAUUUAUAUGAUGAUGAUAUAGAUGAAGAGGAAGAGGAGGAAGAUGACGCUGACUGCUAUGAUGAUGAGGACUCUGGAAAUGAGGAGUCGUGACGUACACAGGCCAGAAAGGGAGCAGCACUAACCUAGCAACAGCCCAGCCCAGAACUUGCCACUUGCUGAAUCCUGUUGUAUAGGUCUUGAAAUGCUCCUUUUUAAUGGACCUCUUAACUCCACAGACUGUCUAUGAAACCUCUAUACUAGACUAUAACCCCACUAUAUAAUGUAACUGGAUCUGCUCAUUCUCUUCAAAAAAGUGUUCACACCCGAUUCUUACUCUUCCCGUCAUGGAAGGCCUGUGUAAGCCCAGUAACCUGAUUUUGUUGGGGGAGAUGGGGGUGGUGAAAUAUGGAGACCUGUAGCACUCAGUAGUAAAAUGGACUGCCAAGGUUAAGCUGCUCCUGUCACAUAGUGUGCACCUCUUGAUAUUUUUUUCUUAACUAUGUGGUGAAAUAUUCUUUUUUGGGGAUGGGGACAUUGGGGAGUGUGUAGCCUACUGCUUUUUGAUUCGUAAGUAUGUUAUUAUCUAGAUUUACCUUUGGCAGUUUUUACAACCCAUGAGUACACUGCAUUCUCCAACAAUUUACAUUUGAGUUUUUUUUAUUGUAGAAGUAGCUGAGCUCAAUCAAGUUUUCUUUUUUUAAAAAAUAAAUUCUGGUCAAACAGUCCCUUCAAUUGAUUUAAAAUUGUGCACACCUAAUAGUGCUGACAUUUGCUAGAUCUUAGCUUAUUUAUUUUUUUUUGCAGUCGCUGAAUUUUUCACCUAACAACCAAGUUUACAUGAUAUAUAAAGCAACGAUAAUAGAUCAGAGAACUAUAUUAAAUAGAAAAUUGGAAAACCGUACAGUGCACUAAAUAAGACAGCUGUAUUUCCAGCAGCAGUUUCUUGGAUUUUUCUUUUGUUUUCUUCUGCUAUUUUUUUUCUUGUAGGAAUCAGAAGUAUUUUGUGUUGUCUCCUGCUCUAUAAAUUACUUUGUCUUUGCAACUACUAAUAAAAUGUGAAUAAAGUUUUGUUUUGUUAUGAAA